AAACAGAGAUGGAGAAGGAAGAAAGGAGGAGGAGGAUAGUGGAGAGGGGGUCUCAGAGACUCGCACUUAUCACUGGUAGCAUUCAAAACCUGGAAUCGCUGCCCUUAUCUCCAUCUCCCAAGCCCCAUCAUGACACUUCGCAUAGAAGAAUUCAUUCAGCCCCAGCAGUUGCUGCCCAUGCCAGUAAUGGCCUCUCCAUUUCUCAGGAUCAAGGACAUUAUCCAUCUCCAAAGCAAUCCCAUUUGAGUGGUGAAGCUGAUUCACUUGGUUUACCAUUGAAACACAACCUGAGUUAUGGAGUUAGUAAAGAUGAUGGACUUCAGAACAGAACGAAAGCAUUCAACCAUCAGAAUGAUCACGCAAAUACAGAAGAAAUGCAAGACUCAGAAGCCACAUUUAGAAAUGAAGCAGAACUCUCAGCUGUUAAUACAAGAGUGACUAAAGCAUCAGAUGAUCACGCAAAGAUGUUCAUGAGAGAGUCAAGGGGUGGAACUCUUCUUAAUUUUUUCACUCCCAAAGAAAUAAAUUCCAGCAUCAUAUCUUCAGAGGAUACGCGAGUAUUCUGUUCCAUCAUGAUAGCUCUGCUUGUAGUCAUCGCUUAUGCUAAUCUUCCUCACCACAUUGUAAAAUCAAAGAGCCUGAUCGCCUCAAGACCUCUUUACGUGCUUCUGUUAACUGAUGUGAUGAUAGUGAUUCUACGAAUAUCCUCCGCAAAGCAGAGAGGCUCUGGAGAAAUGGACGUGCAAAAGAAAGCAGCAAAAAUUUUGGAAAGUGAUAGACAUAAUAUCCACUGGGAUGAAGCCAUUAAGGUCCUGGAAUGGGGUCUGGUGCUGUAUCAAACUGUCCGUGCAAUUUUCAUAGACUGCAGUUUCUACAUAGUCAUUGUCAUCUGUGGCUUUUCUUUCAUGUAGCUAGCUCGAAGCAAUUAUAUAUGAUGGCCGCUGUGCUUAGCUCUAUUAUCAAUUUUCUCAUAUCCCGAAAGUUAAACAGAAUUUGUGAAUCUGCUUCAGUUGAAUCUCAUCAUCAGUGUCUGUAUGAAGCAGUUAGUCUACCUUAUUUUCAGGGUAACUUUUUGUGCAUCUCCUGCAGAGCCUACAGUUGCCCCUCAUUCAGGUGAGCCAGCCAGCCACUAAGUGGAUUCUGGAAUAGGUUCAGUAGGGGAGAGAUUUCUUGCACCUCUGAUGUCCA